UUGUAGAGAAAACCCAAUAAGAGUUUCGUGUCAUUCCGAGAUGCACUGCGGGAUAAUGGGUACGAGUAUUUGGCAAGAAAAAGUUAGAGUUCAAGGAUGACAGGCCGCCAAAAAAGAGUCACAACUCACCUGACAUGUCGGCUGCAAUUAUGAAGACACUCAAAGAAUUGCAAGACAGUGAUGCACAGAGACAAAAAGAGCUUGUUGCUAUGAAACAGGAACAAGAAAAAUCUUCUCAGAAAUUAGAAAAGAAGCUAGCGUCAAACUUACAACAAACAAACGAAGAGUUAAACAAACUAAAGGAAUCAUUGAGGCACAAGGAAGAGGAAAUAGAAAAGUUAAAGCAGAUUCAACGUCAGCAUGAAGAAUCUAACAAAAGCCUAACAGAAGAGAAUAAGAAACUAGAGAUUGAGAAAGAGCAAAUGCUCGGGAAACUAAAGCUGAAAACCUCAGAGAGAGAAGAAAUGGAAUUGAGAAUGCAGAAACAUAAACUGAACGAAGAAAGGAUAGCGAGAGAGAAAGAAAAGUUAAAGAAGGCGGUAGAGAGACAAAGCGUUCAACUUGAGAAAGAAGUCCUCGAAAAAAAUAAAGCAAUGGAUAGUCUCCAGCGAGAAAGGACCUCGGUAGAACUCGUGACAAGAGAGAAUACAGAGUUAAAAGAAAGGAUAGAAAGACUAGAAGACGAAAACGAAACAUUAUCAGCUAGACCUUAUACUUCAAUGACUUGUAGAGAUAUAGAUGAUAUGGACAGUCACAGUCUUAUGUCAUACCGACGGCAGCCGACGGGACUCUCUGUAAACGGUGAUAGCACUAGUAUGGGUCACCUUCUAUUUCAAAGAAGAGAAAUCGAAGAGGAAAUAAAGAGGAAGCAAAUUGAGCAGAAAUAUCUUAAAAGAAGGCUACUAGAAUUGAAAUCCCUCGAGCCAGGAACUGUUGAUAGUAAGAUUUGUGCUAUCCAAUAGUGAUAGACGCUGGUACAUAUCUUUAACUUUAUGCUUUAAAUUUGUUUAAGUUUAGAAUCUCCACAAUUCAGUCAUAUUGCUUUCAAGAAUGUCUUUCGAUUCUAACUAUUGCUAUCCGGAACAAAAUGGAGUCUGUUUCUAACUAUUGCUAUCCGGAACAAAAUGAAGUCCGUGCAUGGUCAGCUCCGAGGCAUGAAAUCAAGGGUGUGAAAUCACUCCUACAGAACUAAAAUAAAAUUUCUUGAAAUGGAAAAAUCACAGUAAAACUGUAUUGAAGGGUAUUGACAUAAAUUCAAAUAAUUUCAUUGCAAUUAAGAUACAAUACGUUUAAUUCAAAUGUUCUUAUCUUCAGCUGUUUCAGAUAAGUGGGAGUAACUUCUUCAGAACCUUAUUUGCGUGCAUGUAGAUUAAACACUGGUUAAGUUUCUUCGUUGUCAAACAGCUAGUGUUAUUUAUAUAUUUUCAGUAAAUAUCGGCAUUAGAUGCAUUUGCUUACACUUUUCUGAAAAGUUAAUUCAUGAAUGUGUAACUGUUGAUAUUAUAGAAAUAUGCAUGAUUACUAUGAUAUUGUGUGUUAUAUACAUGUAUAUUUUAAUCAUAUAGGUAUAUUUUUGAAUAGUUAAUUUGAAAGCUUUUGGC